AUGCGUUUAUUCGUUGGUUACAAAUCAUCAAAUCAAAGCUUUAAACAAUUAGAAGUAGAAACCGAAAGAGGUGAUGCCGGUUAUCUUCAGAUGGAUUGCGCCCGUGAAUCUUUCGCAUUUGCAACAUAUAAACCAAAAUCAGAAAGGAAAGUUAAAAAGUUUGUUCAUUCGUUAUAUAAUAAUGUUCAAAAAUAUGAUAACUCAGUAUGUGGUAAAUAUAUUGACCCUUCAGAAGUUUUCAAGAAAGCAAAUGAAGAAGUUGAUGUCACUUUUGAUAUGAUUAUUCCGGUAAAUGAUUUGUUAGCAUUUCAGGCGUUCGAUGAUUAUCCUAAAUCAUUUGGUGAAAUCAUUCUUAAAUAUUAUGUUUUCAGGGAUACUUUAGUAUUUUGUCAGGUUGACCCGUUAAGAGUUGCUGAUUUACAAAAUUACGUUUAUGAAAAGAUAACUGAUGAAAAUUAUGAAAAGAUUAUGAAUCAUGUUUAUAAAUAUGAUCGCAAAUUCCAACAAAUCGGACUUCCUGCCAAAUUAAUUACAAGCUUAGCCGCUACAUCUGCUGACGCAACAGUUGAAGACGUUAUUAUUUCAUGCACAAAGAUGGAAGUUUUAGAGGAUAAAUGCAUUACACCAGGAUACGGUUUAAUUGAAGAAUCAGUUAAAGCAAUACCACGUUUAUUUAGUAAGGAAGAUCCAUUCAUGAUUCCAGCUCAACAUAUUGACGUUCGUUCACUAAAUGGAGGUUGCAUCACUCCUGAAGGUAUCAGCUCAGAUUUCUCAUACGCUCUUCAUAAUGUUACAGAUGUUGUGUUAACAUUUCCGAAGAAUGCAAUGCAAAGAACGGUUUUAGAAAAUCCAAUGCUUCGAGG